AUGACAAACGUAAAGACAGCCGGGCUCAUCUUCAUCUGUUUUGCGCUGCUUCACAGUUUUGUAGCAGCAUUGAACUGCACCAGUCCGAGCCCUGAAGCCUUGCUUAAUGCACUUGAGAAGGAUUUAUUUCCCAAAAAACUGGUGCGCCCAGUACAACACUUUUCAGAUACAGUUAACAUAACCAUCAGUAUCACUGUGGUGGGAAUUUUAGGAGUGCAUGAAAAAGCCCAAACCCUGAAAACAUUCAUAUGGCAAGUCCUGGAGUGGGAUAUAGAGGGACUGAGCUGGGAUGAGAAGGAAUGUGGAACUAAAAGAGUCUCUGUCCCUCGGGAAAAUCUUUGGAUCCCAGACAUCCACAUCUCGGAGUUCAUGGACGAGGACAAAUCUCCCCAAACUCCCUAUGUCUACUUAUACAACACAGGUCGUGUUUUUGAUGAUAAGCCAGUCAGAGUGAUCAGUUCGUGCCAAUUAGGAAUCUACACUUUCCCCUUCGAUAUCCAAAACUGCUCUCUGACCUUUGAACCCUAUCUACACUUUGCUGCUGAUGUAAGAAUGAUUCAAGGCAGCACAGCUGCAGACAUCCUGGAGGAGUCCAGAGAAGUGCUCCAGACCAAUGGAGAGUGGGAACUUGCAGACAUCAAAGUAGCUCCAUCUACUCUGGUGUUAAAAGAGGCAAGCUACUCUGAGAUCAAAUACUUCGUCAUUUUAAGACGUAGGCCAACCCUGUAUGUGGUGAACCUCCUGAUCCCCAGCGCCUUCCUCAUCACAUUGGACAUUUUCAGUUUCCUGCUGCCUCCCCAUAGUGUGGACAGAUGCUCCUUCAAGAUGACCCUCAUCCUGGGCUACACAGUCUUCCUGCUCAUCAUGAAUGACCUGCUACCUGUCACUGGGUAUACAACACCUCUUUUGAACGUUGUAUUCUCUGUGAGUUUCGCUCUGAUGGUGGCCAGCCUGUUGGAGACCAUAUUUAUCACUAAUAUCCAGUUUAGCUCCAGCCAGUACAAUGCGGUGCCUCACUGGGUCAGCAUCCUUGUGCUGCGCUAUCUAGCUGUGGUUGUUUUUCUCCCCCCGAAAAAGAAGAGUAACCGUGUCACUGUCUCCCUUCACCCACCAGCUAGAGCAAUGAAUACCAGCAUCAUCUCAGCAAAUGAUCUUCAGAGCAUCUCUGGUUAUACACCUUCAGUAACACCCCCUCUGGAGCCAGCCCUGCAUGAACUGAUGAAGCUGAGCAAUGAUCUCAGGGCCAUCCGCCUCCAGAUGGAAAACCACUUCAAUGGAACCAAAAUCUCACAGGAGUGGUGCAUGAUCGGUAUAGUCAUAGACCGCCUGCUGUUUGGAAUGUACAUUGUUUUCAUCUUGGUCAGCUUUAUUACCAUCGCAUGUAUCUGGAUGUUGAGUAACUCAUACGUAAAGUAG